UCACAGGCUCGUCUGUGUUUGAGUUGUGGAGAAGCUGCUUUGGCCACAUGGCUCCGCUGCCCAAUGACUCCUGGCACAACGGCUCAGCCCUGAUCUUCACCGGCCUGGACCUGCUCCUGGAGCUGAAGCCUCUCUUCAUCCCUCUCUACGCCACGCUGGUGGCGGUGGCGUGCAUCGGGAACCUCUUCCUCAUCCUCCUCAUCGCCCUCACCAAGAAGCUGCACUGCACCACCAACUUCCUGAUCGGGAACCUGGCGGUGGCCGACUUCAUCAUGUGCCUGGCCUGCGUCCCUCUCACCGUGUCCUACGCCUUCGAGGAGCGAGGCUGGCUCUUUGGCAUGUUCAUGUGCCACUUUGUCACCCUGCUGCAGGCCGCCACCGUCUUCGUGUCGGUGCUGUCCCUCACGGCCAUCGCCAUCGACCGCUACGUGGUGGUGGCGUACCCGAUCCGCAGGCGGAUCAGCCGCAGGGCCUGCCUCGGCCUCGUGGCCUGCAUCUGGCUGCUCUCCAUCGUGGCCUCUGUGCCCACCUCACUGCACACCCACUACUUGGACCUCAACGCCAUCGGCCACGACAUGAUCAUCUGCGAGGAGUUCUGGAAGCACGAGGAGAGGGAGCGGCUGCUGUACUCGUGCCUGAUGCUGCUGCUCUCCUACAUGCUCCCGCUGCUGGCCGUGUCCAUCUCCUUCUGUGCCAUCACCCACCACCUGCGCAGGAGGAACGUGCCGGGGGCCGCCCAUCCCUGCCGGGACAAGUGGACCAGGACCAAGCACAAGACCUUCCGGGUGCUCAUCAUUUCCGUGGUCUGCUUUGCCAUCUGCUGGCUGCCUCUGCAGGUGGUCAACUUCAUCCGGGACAUCGACGAGGAGUUCACCAUCCUGGACAAGAGGUACGUCAAUGUCAUCCAGGUCUCGUGCCACCUGAUCGCCAUGAGCUCUGCCUGCUACAACCCCUUCAUCUAUGCCUCCCUCCACGACAAGUUCUGGUUCCACCUCAGCAGUUACUUCUACCGCAAGAAGCAGAGCUCCAGGACCAUGUCCUGCAAGGCUUCCCGCUUCAACACCUGCUCCACCCUGGCAGACGCUCCCACCGGGGCCUCGGACAAGAUAGCUUUGCAAUCCAGGUUACCUUAGCCAGAGGACCUUGAGGGAUUUGGUUUGCAUAGCCCUAUAUCCCAAACCCUGGCUGGGACAUAUCCCUAUAUCCCGAAUCGUGGCUGGGUGUAGUAGGUGUCCAGUGCUACAUUUGGAGCACAAAGACUUCAGCCCAUGGUUUAUGCAGGAGGUGGGUCGGUGUCUGAGCAAGGCAAACACCCAUUGUGUAAAAAACCCUUUGGAGAGCGCACAUCUUCAUUGUGUAGGAUAUAGAUUGUUCCUAAGCAACAGGCAGCACUUUGUGCCACGGGGAGAGGUCGACUUGCACGGGGAGCCGUGAAAUUGCUGUGCAUUUAUCCUUUAAAAUUGUGGCUUACUGGUGAAGGAACAAUGUAGGCUCGGAGAUGUGCAUUCUGCAGGUGCAGAUGGGGGCACGUGGCUGCUGACAACAGGUGGCUGGUUUGGAAUGGGAAUGACUUCCAUAACCUGCUUGUUCUGCUGGAGGAGCCGCCCCCAUAACCUGACAGGGCAUCCCAGAUUCUCCAGCCAAAGGUGCAGAGGCAGCUGGGCACAUCCAUGAAGUCAUCACUGCUCUUCAUGGGCAAGCAGGACUCAAAAGAUCUCUAGUGAUGAGUUUGCUGGGAAUGAUGUCUCCAAUUCUGCGCCCAGGGAAGUUUAGCUUGGUGGAUGUCCACGUUUAGGGUCCUGCAGUGGAGGUGGGGGUCUCAGUAUCAGGCUAUUCUAUCCCAGAAGCUGCCAGAUGAAGGGUGGGCUUGCUUGUCGGUGCUCCUCAGUGUCUGAGGUGCUUCUGUGGCCUCUCAGGCUGCUCUGUGCAAGCAGCACAUGCAGAAGGCAGCAUCUCCUUACACCCAAUUCCCAUCUAGGUUUUAACCUCUUGAUUUCCCAGGAGAAACCCUUGGGAGCAGCCCACAGGCACCAGCACCCCCAUAGGCACCACAGCUCAGGGCCACAGCAGCUCCCAGCUGCCCUGCUCUGUGGGCAGAGCUGUGACCUCCCACUUCUCCAAGAACAGCACUUCAAAGCCCCCAGGACCACAUCCUCAGACCUGCAUGGAACCUGCCCAUGGCACUUGGGAGCAUCCAGUGAGGACACAGCUGGCUGGACCCCAACAGGAUCCCUAAUACACUCCCCGUAUGCCCACCCACAGGCUUGCUCACCUUCUGGCUGAGGCCCUCAUGGUGACCCUAGAAGGACUUGUGAUCUUCUGUGGGGUGACCAGCAGAGCAGGGACCCAUCCAACGCAGUGACAGUGGCCUCUGUUGUGUUCCCACACAGCAGCUCCCUCUUCGGCUUCCUGCAGCUUCCCUAGGCCUGGGCUGCUCAUCCAGGAGGAGCCAAGCAAGGCAGAAGGUCCUGUUUGUCCUUCCUGUAAUAAAGGCUUCAAGAGCUUG